AUGUGCCAACCGCCCACCGACGAUGUGGCUAGGAACAUGCUCGGCCCAGUUGUCCCAGACGAUAUCGUCCUCGGGAAACUCCAGCUCGUACCGUCCGUUCGCCCUUUGAGAAUUUACGAAGUUCCCAUUCCUGGGGGUAAAACACUGCACCUCGUCUUGCCGCCCAUCUCUAUGUGGCGCCCCCUCAGAGCCGAGCAGGGAAUGCUGAGCUCUGAAGCCACCACGGUGAGGUGGAUCAGAGAGACUCUCGCUCGGGAAACCGCCACUACCGAACAGAAAGCAUCUUCCUUCUCCUCCGUCACUCGCGACAUCACCACCUCCUUACUGCCACUUUUACCAACCCUCCUCCGCCACGGCCGGGAAACCCACCUCCCCAACUCCUCCUUCGCCGUCUACAAACCCGCCAACGGGACACCUCUUUCCCUCCUUUCUUCAGAACCCACACCCACCGUACGACGGGAAAUCGACUGCCAGCUCGGCGCCUUGUUCCGCCACUUAAACACUUUGACUUCACCCACCGGCCGUUUCGGCCCCCUAGCGGCCGUCAUCGACACCAGUUCCGGCCCCGGCACCCCACAGCCAGCCGGGUCUCGAGCAAAGACCCCGAGACUUCCACAAGUGCUAACCGAAAGCGGGCUGUCAGCCACCGGCGGUGCAGGGACAUGGUCUGUGGCGUUUCAUUCCAUGAUGGAAGGGGUGUUGCGAGAUGGCGAGGACAUGGCAGUUGUCAUAUCGUACCCGACGAUUCGGAGACAUUUUCGGCGGCUGGGGUACCUUUUGGACGAUGUUACCACCGCGAGGCUGGUUAUUGUCGAGGGUGCAGGGAGAGGAAACGUACUUGUUGGGGAUUUGGGUGAGCAAAAAGAAGACACGGAAAAGGAAAAAGAGGUGGGCGAUGACGGGAAAGAAAGCGGGAAAAACAAGGGCAAGGCAACAGACGAGAAGGUGACCGGAGAAGGGGAGGACGACAAAGAAAAGGGGGAAACAGACAUGACACAGAAGGGGGACACACAAUCACAACAAAGCCUAAAACUCACCGGCCUCCGCGACUGGAGUAGCGCCAUAUUCGGUGACCCCCUCCUCGCAUCCGUCUUCAGCGACCCGCACCAACCGCUCCCUUCAUCCGCCUUCUUAGAAGGCUUCAACGGCGAGAAGCUAGAAUCUGGCGCCGACUCACAACACACGAAACUCCCAUACCCCCUAAACCCGACCGUAAUAGAAAAUGCCGACACGGCAUGGAUCCGGCUGCUGUUCUACCAGGUCUACCACACAGUAACGCGGAUUGUGAGCGAGUUCUAUCGGCCGCGGCAGGACAGCAGUACUCGGGAACUCGAGGCACGGAAGAAGUUGAACGAGGUGCUGGCCAAACUGGCAGAAGUGCCAGAUAACACGAAGAAGAGACAGCAGCGGCCAAGCGGGGAGAUGUCGCCCGCGAAGAGGCUCAGGGGUGCCGAGGACGAGUGA